AUGCCAUACCAAGCACUUGCGCCCACCCCGAGCAGCUAUCAGAGGGAAAGAGACUUCAGCACCCGAAUUCCUGGAGUGAUGGCCGUCAUGCUGGCAGCCCGGUCUGAACUGGACGUUACGCACAUGCAAGGCAGGCUGCUCACCUAUGAGUUCAGCUCUGGGCACUUGGUCUAUCCAGCAAGCAGCCAGGCGCUUCACAACACGCUUCUACUUGCCGAUGAGGUGGAUUCCAUCACCCUUCGGCUGACACCUGGAGAGCACACACAACACCUCUUGUGGAAAUUGGACAGCCCACCCACUGGUAAGGGCAACUAUGAACCAUUGCUUCCGCUGAAACAUGCAAUGACGACAAUGAUUUUCCUGCCAGCUGGAGCUGUAUUCUAG